GCAUAGCGGCCAUCACAAGGCUCGAGCAGUGGUGUCGACUAAAUGGGAACGAAUCGAACACAGUCAACAUGCCGGGGUCUGACUUGGACAACUUGAACGUUGCCGUUCGCUUGCUCGAUGUGAUCCAAUUUCGGUCACACGCCGCCAACUAUUGGCGCACGGCAACCGGCCAGCUUUGCGUUUCGAAGCCGCACUGGCACCGGCCAUAUGCCGAUCCUCAGGAUGCUUGUUCGUGCUUUUCCUGAUUAAGCAAAUCCAAAGCGUUGCCGGGCAUCGUGAUUGCCGUUGAUUUGGCCAACUGACCAUGAUUCAUGGCAGGCUGCCAAUGACAUACCUGCCACACAGCCGUCUAUCCUGGUGAGGCCGGAGUUGCCAUCCAUACCAUGUGGUGUCGUGGAGGAUCGAAUUAGCCUGAAGCCAGCCGUGGCAAGAUGCUAAUGAUGCCAGGGGUGGUGAGUAUACAACAUCGUCGUCGUCCGGCUUCCUGAACAGCUUUCUUUGCCGGUCUUUGUAGUUGAGGCAUACAAUUUCAGUCCCGAUAUCCCCAUAAUCCCCAGAGCCUGUCAACAUGGUCGGAACUGGAAGGAAACCCUCCCUCGUCGGAGCAGGAGCAGGAACAGCAAGGAAACCCUCCCAAUUCACCGAUGCCGCGCUUCAGCACCGUCUGCAGCUGGCCGGCAAGGCUGGUCCGCAGGCCUUACUGAGGAACUUCCGCGUCUUUGGUAUCGCAUGUUUCGCUUGCAUCGGUGGCCUUCUCUAUGGCUACAAUCAGGGCGUUUUCAGCGGCGUCCUGACCAUGACAUCCUUCAAUCACCACAUGGGAGUUUAUACCACCAACACAACGAAGAAAGGAUGGCUCACUUCCAUCUUGGAACUCGGCGCCUGGUUCGGCACCUUGUACUCUGGGUUCUUGGCCGAACUCAUCUCGAGAAAAUACGCAAUCUUGGUCAACACGUCGAUCUUCAUCCUCGGGGUCAUUGUGCAAUGUACAGCAACAUCGACCGGACAUUCUGGCAUCUUGGGCGGUCGCUUCGUGGUCGGUAUGGGCGUAGGCUCGUUGUCCAUGAUCGUUCCAAUGUACGUCGCGGAAUGCUCGCCUCCCGAGCUGCGAGGGUUGCUUAUUGGUGUCCAACAAUUUGCCAUCGAAUUCGGCAUUAUGGUCAGCUUCUGGAUUGACUAUGGAACCAACUAUAUCGGUGGCACCGGCCAGGGUCAAUCCGAGGCCGCCUGGCUCGUCCCUUUGGCCCUUCAGCUCUUCCCUGCCCUCAUCCUGCUGAUUGGAAUGAUCUUCAUGCCAUUCACACCUCGAUGGCUCGUGCAUCACGGCCGGGAACAAGAAGCUCGCAAGACGCUGGCCACGCUCAGAUCCAUGCCCGUGGAUCACGAACUGAUCGAGCUAGAGUUCCUCGAAAUCAAGGCCCAGUCAAUCUUUGAGAAGAGAACCGUGGAGGCGCACUUCCCUCAUCUGGCUUCAUUGACACCCAUGAACAUCAUCAAGUUGCAAUUCGUGGCCAUUGGUUCGCUCUUCAGGACCAUGCCCAUGUUCCGCCGCGUCAUCGUGGCUACUGUCACCAUGUUUUUCCAACAAUGGACCGGAAUUAAUGCAGUUCUGUACUAUGCUCCUCAGAUCUUUGGCGCCCUCGGCUUGUCGUCCAACACCACUUCGCUGUUGGCCACCGGUGUGGUUGGUAUCGCCAUGUUUUUGGCCACCAUUCCAGCGAUCUUGUACAUUGACCGGAUUGGGAGACGUCCCGCACUGGCCCUAGGUGCGUUGGGAAUGGGUUUGUGCCACUUUAUCAUCGCCAUCAUCUUCGCCAAGAAUGAACACCAAUGGCCGACUCACAAGGGAGCCGGAUGGGCUGCUAUUGCUAUGGUUUGGCUCUUUGUGAUUCACUUCGGAUGGUCUUGGGGACCUUGUGCAUGGAUCGUCGUCGCUGAGAUUUGGCCCAUGUCGGCUCGUCCUUACGGCAUCGCUCUCGGAGCUUCAUCGAACUGGAUGAACAAUUUCAUCGUGGGCCAAGUCACUCCGGACAUGAUCACCGGCAUCCGAUACGGCACCUUUAUCCUUUUCGGACUGUUGAUCACAUUGGGAGCCGGCUUUAUUUGGUUCUUUGUCCCCGAGACGAAGCAACUCACGCUGGAAGAAAUGGAUCUCAUCUUCGGGUCUAGCGGCGUUGUCAGCGCAGAUCAGGAACGCAUGGCCCAAAUCAACGCCGAGCUUGGUCUGGACCGACUUCAACGCGGCAGCGAUGAACAUAUUGAUGAGAAAACCCACGACUCCAAGGAGGCCAAAGAGUUGUGAAAAGCCAGGAGGGCGAUGUGGGGGGGAGGUCAAGGACCGGCCUGGUGCGGUGUGGCGCGAGGUUUAUACCAUUUGCACCAGACUUGAGACCUUAUCAGUAGCUGCCAAGCUGAAAAAAGGGUCGCUUGUACUGCUCGGCUCAGCUCCUCGACUUGCGUAAAGGUACCGUAUCUUAUCGAAAUAGGGUUCAAAUCAGCAUA